AACUACAGAACCAGGCUGGUUUUAAACAUAAGGGAUUCCAAGGGAGAUGUUGUUGGAGCGGCUGCCGCCGCUCUGGACUUGAUUAAAAACGUCCAAGUGCAAGCAAUCAUUGGACCAACAAGUUCAAUGCAGGCGAAUAUUAUGAUAAAUCUCGGGAACAAAUCUCAAGUGCCCAUCAUCUCUUUCUCCGCAACAAGUCCUUUCCUUUCCUCCCUAAGGAGUCAAUAUUUUAUUCGAGCAACCCACGACGACUCAUCUCAAGUCAAAGCUAUUAGUGCCAUUGUUCAAGCCUUUGGAUGGAGAGAAGCUGUGCCCAUAUAUGUUGAAAAUGAGUUUGGAGAAGGAGUUAUACCUUAUUUAUCCGACGCCUUGGAAGAGGUUAAUGCUCGGAUUCCUUACAGGAGUGUUAUCCCUCUUGGCGCCACUAAUGAGGAAAUUAGAAGGGAAUUAUACAACUUAACGUCAAUGCAGUGUAGAGUCUUCAUUGUUCAUAUGGACAUGGAUCUUGGGUCUCGGGUUUUCAACAUGGCCAAAGAGAUUGGAAUGAUGGGUGAAGGAUAUGUUUGGAUAAUAACUGAUGGGAUGACUAAUCUUUGGAGUAUGAUUGAUCGUUUUGAUAUGGAUUCCAUGCACGGGGUAUUGGGUAUAAGGAUUUAUGUUCCGAAAUCAGAAAAGGUUAACACUUUCAAAGUACGAUGGAAAAGGAAAUUUCUGCAAGAUAAUAUAGUGAAUGCUGAAUUUGACAUUUUUGGAUUAUGGGCUUAUGAUGCUACAUUUGCCCUAGCCAUGGCAGUGGAGAAACUUGGCACAACAAAUUUCAGCUUUGAUGCAUCAAAUGUUUCAAAAAGUGCAAGAACAGAUCUUGAAUCUUUUGGGGUUUCUCAGGCUGGCCCCAAACUCAUCCAUGCUUUGACAAGUACAAGAUUUAAAGGCCUCAGUGGAGAAUUUGGGUUUAUUAAUGGGCAACUUGAGUCCCCAGUUUUCCAAAUUAUUAAUGUAAAUGGAAAUGGUGAAAAGGUGAUUGGGUUCUGGACGUCUAAGUAUGGACUAGUUAAAAGACCAGAUUUUACCAAUGUAAUGGGGUAUUCAACUUCUAAGGCCAAUCUCGGAACCAUCAUUUGGCCGGGGGAUACACAUUCCCCGCCUAAAGGCUGGGAGAUUCCAACUCAAGGGAAAAGGUUAAAGAUUGGAGUACCAGUGAAGACUGGAUUUAGUGAAUUCGUCAAGCUUCCACCUGAUACACAUCCCAAUUCUAAAGUCAUCCCCAUGGGUUAUUGCACAGAUGUUUUCAAUGCUGUCAUGGAGGCAAUGCCAUAUGCAGUUCCUCAUGAUUUCUAUGCCUUUGGAAAUGCUGACCAUGAGAUGGCUGGAACUUAUAAUGACCUGAUCGAUCAAGUCGUCUAUGGAAACUAUGAUGCGGUGGUAGGAGACAUUUCCAUCAUCGUCAACAGGUCAUUUUACAUUGACUUUACAUUACCAUUCACGGAAUCUGGAGUGGUAAUGGUGGUUCCUAUCAGAGAUGGAUCAAACAAGAAUGCAUGGGUGUUCUUGAAGCCUUUGACGUGGGAUCUUUGGGUCACUAGCGGUGGCUUCUUCGUCUUCAUCGGGUUUGUCAUCUGGGUUCUUGAACAUAGAAUCAAUGAAGAUUUCCGUGGACCACCUUCGCAUCAUGUUGGAACUAGCUUCUGGUUCUCCUUUUCGACCAUGGUUUUUGCACACCGGGAAAGGGUGGUGAGCAAUCCAGCAAGGUUUGUGGUGUUGAUAUGGUGCUUUGUGGUACUCAUUCUCACACAGAGCUAUACUGCCAGUUUAGCUUCUCUUUUAACAAUUCAACGGCUGCAGCCUACGGUGACUGAUGUGUAUGAGCUGUUAAGGAGAAAGGAGAGUGUUGGGUACCAUAAGGGCUCCUUCGUCAAGGAAAUAGUCCAGGGGUUGAAAUUCGACCCAUCAAAGUUGAGGACAUUUAAUUCAGUGGAGGAGCUUGAUGAACUCUUUACCAAUGGAAGUGCGAAUGUCAUCUGCAUUUAUCAUAGAAGUCUGUUAGUGUAUUGGUACAUGCAUAGCCAACCAUUUAAUUAGAAGGAUUAAUUAGUAUAGUAAUUCCUCAUCAAAUUUCAACAAUGAGACAAUUUAUAUAAUCAACUAUUAUUCAAAAAAUAAAUAAUAAUAAUAAAAUAAAUUAAUAUUC